GAGAGAGGGGAUGACAGAAACCCACGCUCGUCCUUCGUCGUCGUCUUUUUGUUCUUCUUCAUCGUUUUCUAUUCUCUCCAUUCUCUCUGGUUCAAGUAUUAGCAAGGAAACGAGAAGACGGAGAGAGGGAGAGAGAGAAAGAUCCAAGAGGGGAAAAUGUACGUGCAGUACGUGACGGGAUUCGUGGUGGCCUCCAUCUUGGCCUUUGUUUUCUGGAGGAGGCGAAGAGGCAACAGUGGGCGUCAACAUUCAGAUCCGAUCCGGAUGAGGAGCGGCGAAAAGGCGAGGGGAUCAGACGGGGAAGCCGGGCAGCUGGACGUCAUUAUCGUCGGCGCCGGAGUCGUGGGCUCAGCCCUGGCCUACGCCCUUGGGAAGGACGGGCGCCGGGUUCAUUUGAUUGAGAGAGAUCUAUCAGAGCCAGACAGGAUAGUGGGUGAACUUCUGCAACCUGGUGGCUACCUGAAAUUGGUAGAGCUUGGUUUGGGCGACUGCGUUCAGGAGAUAGACGCUCAACAUGUUUUUGGAUAUGCGCUUUUCAAGGAUGGGAAAGAUACUAAAGUCUCUUACCCUUUGGAAAAAUAUCAUGUGGAUGUAGCAGGCAGGAGCUUCCAUCACGGGCGUUUCAUUCAGCGACUGCGAAAGAAGGCUUCCUCUCUUCCUAAUGUGCAGAUGGAACAAGGAACGGUCACUGCAUUGAUCGAGGAUCAUGGCACUGUCAGGGGUGUUAGAUAUAAGUCCAAGAAUGGUGAUGAACUGAAAAUACAUGCACCACUUACAGUUGUGUGUGAUGGUUGUUUUUCAAACUUAAGGCGUUCUCUGUGCAACCCAAAGGUAGAUGUGCCUUCUUGCUUUGUUGGCCUUGUUUUGGAGAACUGUAAGCUUCCAUAUCCAAAUCAUGGACAUGUUAUUCUGGCAGAUCCAUCCCCUAUUUUAUUUUAUCCCAUCAGCGGGAAUGAGGUCCGUUGCUUAGUUGAUAUACCUGGCCAAAAGGUACCUUCAAUAGCUAAUGGAGAAAUGGCAAAAUAUUUGAGUACCGUUGUGGCACCUCAGAUUCCAAGUCAGUUGCAUGACGCUUUUCUUUCAGCUGUUAACAAGGGAAAUGUCAAAAUGAUGCCUAAUAGGAGCAUGCCUGCAAAUCCUCAACCCACUCCUGGUGCUGUACUUUUGGGAGAUGCAUUUAAUAUGCGCCAUCCUUUAACAGGUGGUGGAAUGACGGUUGCAUUGUCUGAUACUGCUGUCCUCGUGAACCUUCUUAAGCCUCUUCGUGAUUUGAGUGAUGCUUCAUCACUUUGCAAGUAUUUGGAGUCAUUUUACACCUUACGUAAGCCAGUUGCGUCUACCAUAAAUACACUAGCAGGCGCUCUCUACAAAGUGUUUUGCACAUCACCUGAUUUGGCCAUGAAGGAAAUGCAACAAGCUUGCUUUGAUUAUUUGAGCCUUGGAGGUGUCUUUUCAUCUGGACCAAUAGCUCUGUUGUCUGGCCUUAACCCACGCCCUUUGAGCUUGGUCCUUCACUUCUUUGCUGUGGCUAUCUAUGGCGUUGGUCGUCUUUUGAUGCCAUUUCCUUCUCCCAGACGUUUGUGGAUUGGGGCUCGCAUUAUCUCGGGUGCAGCCAACAUCAUAUUUCCCAUUAUAAAAGCAGAAGGAGUAAGGCAGAUGUUUUUUCCAAAGACCGUAUCGGCAUAUUACAGGAAUCCCCCUGCUAGUUAGAACACGAUACUGUCAGCUGUUUUCUCCCAGUGCCUAGGAAAUGUAUGUUUAUAAGUUUCCAUUGUUAUUCAUGUCUGACAUGCUUUUCUUGGCAAAUGAGACGAUUGUGCUCAUCAGUGAGGGCUUUGAUAAUGAAAAUAUUUUGGUCGAGGUUUCA